UGGGAAGGUCCACUCAACAGCCGAUAACUGUUUGUGUUGACACAGGAAUAAAUUUCCGCAUGUUUAAAAACAGUUUUGUUUUUGAAAAAUGAUAGUUAAUUAAGCACGGUUGUAUACAACGCUUAUCAUUUGGAUACCGUGUUAUAUGUCAGUAUAAAAUCGAUUGAAAUAUUGGUUUUCUUUGUGUCAGCUCAGAACAAAAUAAUUUACUUCCUUAUUACAAAAUAAACAGAAGGGAUAUAAUUACAAUCUAUUGAAACUAGUUUGUGAGUCUUUUUUAACUCAAGAGAGAAAAUGGCAUCUUAUUUUGAAUCAUCAAUUCAGAGGGGCUGUGACUUCGUCCAUGAUUUUUCUUGCUCUCCUUGUGAAGAGAACGGAUUUAACACAGAAGCUUACCAUUUUUGUACUCAAUGCACAAAAUAUUACUGCCAAAACUGUGUUUCAAAACAUAACGGAUUAUACCAGAAGCACGCGGUGCUCAGUCGGAUGGACGUAAAGAAAUGGGAGGCGGCCCCAGAGGUGAUGGACGCCAUAAAGAGAUGCGAUAUGCACCCUGAGGAGGCGCUGAAGCUGGUAUGUGGUGACCAUGAUCAGCUGUGCUGUCACGUGUGCGUCGCUGUGGACCAUAGACAAUGCUCCAAAAUCCAACACAUUCCAGACGUAGCAAAAGGUAUUCAUAAAAAUAUUGAGUUUCAACAAAUUCCAAAGAAGAUAGCUGAACUUCAUAAACAGCUCGAGAAGAUGAAAGAAGCACGAUUGGUGAAUACGACAUCUCUGAAAAAGACGCGGGCAGCCAUUUCUGAUGAAAUUAAAAGCAUACGUAAACAGAUCAACGAAAUCCUUGACAAGAUUGAGAAAACAACUUUACAGGAUUUGGACAGAAUGAUAGCUACACUUGAAAAAUCAAUAAAGAAAGAUAUAGAAACUUGUGAUAAAAUGACAAUCGAACUGCAAAACAUAAUUGCCGCUUUCAAACCCAAAGCAAAAUCAAGUGAGUCAAAAUCAUAUAUUGCGUACAGAAAGAGCCAGGAUAUGAUUUCACAAGCAAACGAUCAUAUUCGUGACAUGUCGAUCAAAAAGUGUUACAAUGUAACAUUUCAGCCCAACAACCUUAUAGCAGAACAUUUAACUUCAGUAAAGAAGUUUGGGGUGCUUGAAGAACAAAUUGUACAGACCAAACAGCCAAAAGAUCCACUCACCGAUCCAAACCACGUAUUCAGAGUUGCAGAGUUCAAGAAGUACAACUUGAAGAUCAACGACGAAGAGGAUUGCUUUAUCGAUAGCGUAUGUGAAUUGCCUGAUGGAGAGGUUAUCAUAGCAGACACCCUCAACUGUAAAGUAAAACUGCUGGACAAGGAGUACAGGGUUAUCGACCACUGUGAUACCGAUGGUAUUCCACAGGACGUGUGCCAUAUUGCCGGAAAUGAAGUGGCCGUUUGUGUUAACAAGUAUCGUGAUGAUAAAUAUGAACUUCAUUUCAUUAAUGCUUCGAACGGGAAAAUUGUCGCUACAAAGAAGUUAAGUUUCACACAUGAAUGUAUUGCCGCGACUCAUUAUGCUGGCCAGCUUUACAUCUCCUCCGGUUGCGCCCUGUACGUCUACACGAUGUCGGGACAGAAGGUAAAGAAGCUGUAUGAGGACAACUCGUGGUAUAAUACGGUGCAGAAAUGCGUCAUCAGUAACGACGGGAAGAGGAUCUACAUCACAAACUGCGAUGCUGAUGAACUGAUCACCCUGGACAACAACGGCAACAAGCUGGCCUCACUCACUGGCCCCGACAUAUUUGCACCUAGAGUACACGUGGCACCUGCUGGACAAGUGUUUGUCUGCUGCUUAAACUCCAACACAGUGCUGCAGGCCACGCUGGCAAGAGAAAAGGAUGGAGUAAACGGACCGAGCGAUUUAUUCUUCAGCAGCCGCACUCCUCUCUGCUUGUUGUUGGAUGGAACAACACCUUUUUUGUUAUGAAGUUGAUUUAAUAUUAUAACUUAACCAUGUCUGUUUGGUACUAAAUGUCCCUAGUGGAUAUUUGUUGUAAAUAAUGUUGUCUAAUAGUGAAUAAGACAUUUAACAUUUCAAACCUAUGAAGAAGAGACUGAUGUAUAUAUUUUUCAGCAGCCGCACUUCCUCUCUAAUUGUCAGCGAAUGGGAAAGCAACUUGUUAUCCAUUAAUUUAACUACUUGUAUCUUAACAAGCAUCGUCGACCUUCUUCCUAUCUUACAGACCUUCCUUUUUGUUUCAAAGUUCAUUGCAGUUUUGUUAUUAAUCACAUGUUUAACCUUGUUUCCUUUUUAUAUUAUAUAACUAUCACGUAUUUUUACUAUAUAAUACACGUGUAAUGUAACGAUUUAACUCCGCACGUUUCUACACAAUUUAAUUGCAAACAAUAAUUGCUGAAUUAUUAAUACGGUCUUGAAGAGCCCUCUUACAUUAACAUGUGUGCAACGGACUACUUCCUUUCUUUGCCAG